ACAGAAUUGAGGCCAAACCCCUUUUUGCUGGCUCCUCUCCAGCCAUGAAGACUUUUUAGAUUUUUUUUUUCUCCACGGGGAAAGUUAAUGAGUAACCCGGUGGAGGUGCAACCUUCAGCAGGCGUCAGAGAGACUCGCUAAGCGGUGACAAGAACAGAAGCAGAUCUUCCUUCCUGGGUUAGUUUGGAGUCCUGCUGUGUUUGCCGACUAUGGACAACCCAAACUUCCAGCCGUCCGGCUCGGCUCCCAAGCUGGACCAGGUGCAGGGUCAGGUGAACGAGGUGAAGGUGAUCCUGAGAGACAACAUCGACAAAGUGCUGGAAAGAGGCGACCGACUGGACGACCUGAUCGGCAAGACGGACGACCUGCAGGCCUCGGCCGACUCCUUCCAAAGGACCUCCACGCAGGUGGCCAGGAAGUACUGGUGGAAGAACAUCAAAAUGAUGAUCAUAAUCGGCGUGGUGGUGCUGGUCGUCCUCAUCCUCAUCAUCCUCUUUGCUACCAAUGUUAUUUAACUCAAUCGCCCUACGUCGGGAGGCCUGGAGGAAACUGAUUGUUAAACACUCCACACCACCUUCUCCCACUAAAUGAAUUAUUUUACCAAGGUUCAGAAAUCCAUGUCGUUUUAUUGGUUUCUCACACUUGCCUAUGUUGGAUACAUUAUCCAUGUGUGUGUACAGUGGAACCCUGAUUUACCAACCGCGCCAUUUGCGGACUUUUCCAUUUACACACUUUUAGAUGGAGCCAAUUGUGCCUCUGUGUGCCAACGUUUAUUCUGCGUUCCUCCUGCAAAUAAGAAAAGCAGGGCUCCAGCUUUUCACGUCACUUCUCAACACCGGUUUUCUGUGUUUCUACGCCUUUUGUCAAGUUUUGUCCAUUUUGCUGACUCGAUGAGUUCCCGAAACUCAACAAGCGGGCGCGGAAAGAAGGGAGUACAUUAAUGGAGCUCACAAGCAUGGGAGAAUUGACGAAGCGAGCUUCGUACCGCAGCAAGUUUUGACAGUUUUCUGGAAAAAGAUGCCAGAGCAGACUUAUUUCACCGCGGAGGAACGGACGCUACCUCUCGUUCCCUUUUCUUCUCUCAAGCUUCCUGUGCUGAUGUUAAUAUGGUUGUUAAACUUAAAGGCCUACUGAAAGCCACUACUACCGACCACGCAGUCUGAUAGUUUAUAUAUCAAUGAUGAAAUCUUAACAUUGCAACACAUGCCAAUACGGCCGGGUUAACUUAUAAAGUGCAAUUUUAAAUUUCCCGGGAAAUAUCCGGCUGAAACGUCUCGGUAUGAUGACGUAUGCGCGUGACGUAGUCAGUUAAACGGAAGUAUUGCUACCCCGUAGAAUCCUAUACAAAAAGCUCUAUUUUCAUUUCAUAAUUCCACAUUAUUCUGGACAUCUGUGUUGGUGAAUCUUUUGCAAUUUGUUUAAUGAACAAUGAAGGCUGCAAAGAAGAAAGUUGUAGGUGGGAUCGGUGUAUUAGCGGCGGACUACAGCAACACAACCGGAGGACUUUGUUGGAUAGCAGACGCGCUAGCCGGUGACCUCACCUUGACUUCCUACGUCUCCGGGCCCUACGUCUCCGGGCCGCCGACCGCAUCUGUGAUCGGGUGAAGUCCUUCGUCGCACCGUCGAUCGCUGGAACGCAGGUGAGCACGGGUGUUGAUGAGCAGAUGAAGGCUGGCUGGCGUAGGUGGAGAGCUAACGUUUUUAGCAUAGCUCUGUGAGGUCCGGUUGCUAAGUUAGCUUCAUUGGCGUCGUUAGCACAGCAUUGUUAACCUUCGCCAGCCUGGAAAGCAUUAACCGUGUAUUUACAUGUCCACGAUUUAAUAGUAUUGUUGAUUUUCUAUCUAUCCUUCCAGUCAGGGGUUUAUUUCUUUUGUUUCUAUAUGCAGUUAAAGCACGAUGCUAUCACGUUAGCUCGUAGCUAAAGUGUUUCACCGAUGUAUAGUCGUGGAGAUAAAAGGCACUGUGAAUGUCCAUUUCAGAGCAGAGCAGAGCGGAGCAGCUUUAUUUGUCCAUUCUUAACAUGUACAAGACAAAUAAGAACUGAAAUUACAUUUUCGGCACAAUCCCGCUAAACAGGGAGACAAGACGGGACCGCCAACGGAUCAGCCACUUAGGGCGCUCCUUAAAACAAUCGCGUUCUCGACUCUCAUUUUCAAGAGGAUAUAGUAUCCGAGGUGGUUUAAAAUACAAAUCCGUGAUCCACAAUAGAAAAAGGAGAGGGUGUGGAAUCCAAUGAGCCAGCUUGUACCUAAGUUACGGUCAGAGCGAAAAAAGAUAUGUCUGCACUCUAACGUUCCUCAUCCACGAAUCUUUCAUCCUCGCUCAAAUUAAUGGGGAAAUCGUCGCUUUCUCGGUCCGAAUCGCUCUCACUUCUGGCCGCCAUCACUGUAAACAAUAGGGAACUUUGCGGAAAUGUUCAGCUGACUACGUCACGCUCCUUCCGGUAGGGGCAAGGCUUUUUUUUGUCAGAUACCAAAAGUUGCGAUCUUUAUCGUGGUUGUUCUAUACUAAAUCCUUUCAGCAAAAAUAUGGCAAUAUCGCGAAAUGAUCAAGUAUGACACAUAGAAUAGAUCUGCUAUCCCCGUUUAAAUAAAAAAAAUUCAUUUCAGUAGGCCUUUAAGGAUGUGUGUGAUUUCUGAUCGUUUGUGAGGGCACCAAAACGGAUUUAUGUGGCAAAUUGGCUUGUUGUUUUUGUUUAAUAAAGAGAAAGUUGAUUCAUCCUUGUUAUGUUUGCUUGAUAUACAGUACUGUAUGGCACUUUAUAUUGUGUUCAAAGUGUACAAACCUUUGCUAAUAUACGGACUUUUGUCCAGGCUGAAACCCACUAUUGAUAUUUACAUUGUUUCUUAUACAAACUUUGUGGUUUAACAAGAACCAAUCCAGUUGGUAAACCGAGGUUCCACUCUAAAUGUUCUAUGUAAGACUGAUGAAUACGUGUCUUUGCUACCACAAGGCUGUAAAUAAGUGUCUCUAUGUCUACGUAAUAAAUGAAGUGAUUCACAAACAGCACGAAAGGACGUUAAGUACUAAAAACAAAAGGAUGAGAAGA